AUGGAAUUAAAUACAGAUCCAAUUAUUUUAUAAAAUUCAUCUACUGUCUCCUUGGGGUAAUUUAAACCAAAAUAUUCUCAAGUAAUUUACUCUGGAUCACAAGUGGCUGCAUCUAAAGAAUAGUAGUUGAAUUAAGGAAAUGAAAAUGAUUCUAAUAAAUAAAAAUAAGCUCCAUUAAUCGAAAAAGAAAUUGAAUUUAGAAAGAUAUUUUCAAAAUUUGCUGUGACGAAUGCAAUAUUUGGGAUUUAUUAUCUAUUAACUCUAAUUUUGCGAGGGAUAUUAUUACUUGAGAGUGAUGAUGUGGUGGGUAUAAUAUUAUUGCUUACCAGUUAUACUUUGUGGGGAAUAGCAUUUUGCAUAGCCAUCAAGACAUUCAAAGAUUAAAGACCUUCAUAACUAAUUAUAUAUCAAACAAAUUUAUUUGUAAUAGGCAUCAUUGACUCUUAUGUAUAAUCCUUUAUCUUUUCGGCAUUGCAAGGCGAAAGGGUUUUUUAUGAGUUUUUCUUUAUGAGUCUAUGGAUCACAACAAUAGUCCUCUUGAUAACAUUAUAUUGCUAUUGCAAAACAUCAAAAGAUUUGAUGAUUGUAAUAUAAUACUUAAAACUUGAGUAUCUUCAACAUUCCUCAGAUACUAAUGUUUGA